AAGGAUCUUUUCUCUCUCGAAGUCACGAAUAAGAAACCUUACAGUUUAUUAAAGUCCUUUCUACUGGUGGUUUGGUAUAUUCUUUUAUAUUUUGAGCUUAUACUGAAGGAGUGUAUGGUCUUUAAAUUCGAUUUAAACGACUUCAAACACUUAAAAAGUGUCUUUAAAAUAAAAUAAAUAUGUCUAUAAAGUAAAUAAAUAAAUAUGUGAAAAGUGUUGAAAAAUAAGUCGAUUAUUCUGAAUUGCUGUGGUAAUAUUUAUUUUAAAUUUAAAGUGAUAAUUUCAUGUCUUGAAUUUCUUAAACUAUGUUCAAAAAUUUAAUAAGGGAUAUUACAGAAUUCUAAUAACGGGAGUUCCCGGUUAUUAACCCUCAUUCACUAUGACGAAUGUCAUUAUUUAUGUCAUCAGGAGUCAUUAUUUUCGACAUUAACAAUCCAUAAAAAUCAAGAGACUUCACCGCACCAACCAAGUUUCCCUUUUAAACCGAAAUCACAGCUACCUUUUACCUUAACCCUUAGACCCCCCCUCAUCCUAUCCUCUCUCCAAUUCCCCAAACCUCGUCGUAUUCCCAAGACAGAUCCUGCGAUGCAAGGAAAUUUUUUGUUUUUUACAAUCGGCUUUUGUCUUCUUGUGGCCAUUAAAACAUUUGGCAUAGUUUACGAAACGAAAAAGAUAUAUUUUGAUGAUGGAUUUUGGGAGGAAUUACCAAAGGAUGUCAAUGGAAGUGGGUCAUCAGGAGUCCUGGAACAACAAGUGGUGGGUGGUGGUGAACAACUACAACAGCAACAACAACCACGACCAUCAUCAUGGAGAAUCACUAAAAGGGAAUUAUCUUCGGCUGACUAUGAAGACACAGGAAUGAGAGUUUUAUAUGUUGGCGUUUUAAUGGCUUCACAUUUGGAUUCACCUUUUGAUUUGGAGAGAUGUGGACCAGCUGUUGAUCUGGCUUUGGAUGCCAUUAAUGAAGAAUUCCUAAAACCACAUAAUAUUACCCUUAGAAAAGUCCAAGCGAGCUAUCCAUCAUGUUCAGGAGCAAGAGCUCCUGGGUUAGCGGCUGAUAUGCAUUUUAAGGACGACGUGAUAGCAUUUGUUGGGCCGGCAUGUGCUUUUGCACUUGAACCAGUAGCAAGGCUGGCGGCGUAUUGGAAUACUCCUAUAAUUACCGGAAUGGGGGAUCAGCCGCCUUCUGAAGGUGAACUGACAGUUACAUCAGGAAUUCUGGGAAAGAUUCAUAAAUGGAAAAAUGAAAGUACGGGGAUGUUUAAGGACAAAUCAAAAUAUCCAACUCUCACGCGAAUGUCCUAUUGCCAGUGUAGAUUGAAAUUGGUGUUUGCAAGCGUUUUUCGGCAAUUUAAUUGGAAGCAUGUUGCCUUAAUAGUGGACAGAUCGGAUUUGUUUUCAUUGACAGUAGGGAAAAACUUGGAAUACGGUUUGCGACAAGAAGGAUUGUUGAGUUUUGUUCGAGAACUAAAUGGAAACGAGCAGGAACCGUAUGAAAAUUAUCUCAGGGAUGCCAGUAUGUAUGCUAGAGUCGUUAUCCUUUCUGUUCGUGGAACCCUUGUUAGAAAAUUUAUGCUGGCCGCUCAUGCUUUAGAAAUGACAAAAGGUGACUGGGUAUUUCUGGAUGUUGAGAUUUUUCAGAGUUCUUAUUGGGGUGACCAUGAUUGGGAAAUGGGUGAUGCUGAUGACACUAAAGCUCGCACAGCCUAUGAAGCCUUACUGCGAGUUUCUCUUCUUCAGCCGACAAGUCCUAAAUUUCAAGGAUUUGCCGACAAUGUCCGAGAUGUAGCAGCAAGAAAUUACAAUUACACUUUUAGCAAGGAUGAAGAGGUGAACAUAUUUAUUGGAGCCUUUUACGAUGGGGUCUAUCUCCUUGGAAUGGCCCUUAACGAAACACUCUCAGAAGACGAGGAUAUACGUGACGGUAUGGCCAUAACCAAGCGAAUGUGGAAUCGAGAUUUUCAUGGAAUCACAGGACACGUGCGAAUAGAUAACAAUGGAGAUCGGGAUGCUGAUUAUUCAAUUCUUGACUUGGAUCCAAUCACAGGACGUUUCGAAGUUGUUGCGCAUUAUUACGGUAUCAACCGAAAUUAUACCUCAGUAAGUGGAAAACGAAUUCAUUGGCCUGGUGGGAGGGAAGGACCUCCACCAGAUAUCCCCAAGUGUGGGUUUUUGGGAAAUUCACCCGCCUGUCAUGGAAAUGAAAUGAUCAUCAUGUACGUGACCUUUGCGUUUGCCAUUUUUCUUGGAUUUGCAACUUUGGUGGUGUAUUUGAUGUGCAAACAAUUAAAAUUGAACAGUGAAUUGAAUAACAUGUCAUGGCGAGUACGCCCUGAUGAAGUGCUCCUUGAAGUUGGACGAUUAUUUGGAAGCAAAGUUGGUCUCCAAAAGUUAAAUGCUGAGAACUUAUCCCUUCAACAAUAUGGAGUCCACUCGGGAAGAGCAUCAAUAGCAAGUUGCACAUCUCUACCUUUGACUCAAGUAUUCACUACAAUUGGGAUAUACAAAGGUGAAAGAGUUGCUAUCAAAAAAAUAGCUAAGAAAAAAGUCGAUAUAACUUCAACCCUCCUGUGGGAAAUCAAACAAGCACGAGAUGUGUGUCAUGAGAAUACUGUACGAUUCGUUGGAGCAUGCAUUGAUCUUCCAAGACCAACUGUUCUAAUAUUGACCGAAUACUGUCCCAAGGGAAGUCUUAAAGAUGUCCUAGAAAACGAGGCUAUCCAAUUGGAUUGGAACUUUCGGAUGUCAUUGAUUCAUGAUAUUGUUAAGGGGAUGGCUUACCUUCAUAACAGUGAUGUUCAGGUCCAUGGAAAGUUAAGAUCUUGUAAUUGCUUAAUUGAUGGACGAUUUGUUUUAAAAAUAUCAGACUUUGGCCUUCGCACGCUAACUACACCUUCAGAUUUCCUUAAGGAUCAAAAUUAUUACAAUAAUUUUCUUUGGAUUGCACCAGAACUUCUUCCAUUAACUAUUCUUCCUGGCAACCCUGCUACUCAAAAAGGUGAUGUCUACUCUUUUGCUAUAAUUCUGGAAGAAAUCGUAGUACGAGGUGGGCCUUAUGAAACUGCUCGACAAUUCAUGGACGUUCAAACAAUCUUGAACCGUGUUGAAGCACAUGAGUCUCCAUCACCUUUUCGACCCUUCGUUGGCCAACGAGAUUGUCCUCUGGAUGUUCUUGAUCUUAUGAGCAAGUGUUGGGCAGAUAAUCCAGACGAUCGACCAGCUUUUGUAACAAUUCGAUCAACUGUUCGUCUUAUUAUGAAGGGCUUCUGUGAGAAUCUUAUGGAUGACUUGCUGCGUCGCAUGGAACAAUAUGCAAAUAAUUUAGAAAGUUUGGUUGAGGAAAAAACAGAACAACUAAGCAUGGAAAAACGUAGGACUGAAGAAUUGCUCUAUCAAGUUCUGCCAAGGCCAGUUGCAACUCAACUUUUAGCUGGCGAAAUGGUCCAACCUGAACAAUUUGAAUGUGUGACAAUAUAUUUUAGUGAUAUUGUGGGCUUUACAGCCCUUUGUGCUCAAAGUGGUCCCAUGGAAGUAGUUAGCUUUUUAAAUGAUCUUUAUAGCACAUUCGACCGUAUUAUUGGAUUCUAUGAUGUGUAUAAGGUCGAGACUAUUGGGGAUGCUUAUAUGGUGGUAUCUGGUCUUCCGGAGCGUAAUGGCGAUGACCAUGCUCGAGAAAUCGGUCUUAUGGCACUUGCAAUUUUAGAUGCCGUCAAAUCUUUCAGUAUUAAACAUAAACCUGAGUGUCAAUUGAAAAUCCGUAUUGGAAUUCAUGCUGGACCUGUGUGCGCGGGAGUUGUGGGUCAAAAAAUGCCACACUAUUGUUUGUUUGGGGACACGGUUAACACUGCUUCUCGAAUGGAAUCAUCUGGUCUUCCGCUAAAAAUUCAUGUUUCACCAGCGGCAAAAGAAAUUUUUGACAAAUUUGGAACUUUUGAAAUGGAACUUCGUGGCGAAGUCGAACUCAAGGGUAAGGGGAAAGUUACAACUUACUGGCUCAUUGGUUGCACAGAACCAGACCCUCGACCACCAACACCGCAAAAGAAUCAUGAAAAUGAAUCUCCAUUUCCGAUUCUAUUUCCCGCCAUUGGAAAGUAAUUUCGAAGAAAAACAUUUACCUAAAGGUCUGUGCCAAAAAAAAAAGAAAAUACAUUCGUACCUUUAGUCAAUAGAACUUUAUGUCGUACUUGGAAAUUAAAUCAAUUAUAAUAUCAUAUAUUUAGGCUAAGAAAAUGUCUUAAACUGAAACAAAGAUUGUACAAAAAACUAAUGUAUCCCUUGGAACGUUGUUAUUGUUAUCAAGGCUUUAUUUUAUUUUUUAAAUAUAUUGAGAAACUGGUAAGGUAUUGAAUAUUUACAAUAAUUAUUUUGAAAUAAAUGCUUACAUAUGCACAUGUGUGUUGUAGAAAUCAUGU